AUGGAGGCCAGAGGGGAGAGCUUUCUUAGACAAAGGCAAGUCCUAUUUCUCUUUGUUUUUCUGGGUGGGUCUCUGGCUGGGUCUGAGUCAAGACGCUACUCUGUGGUUGAGGAAACAGAGAGGGGCUAUUUAAUAGCCAACCUAGCAAAGGAUCUAGGGCUAGGGGUAGGGGAACUGGCUGUGAGGGGAGCCCAAGUUGUGUCUAAAGGGAACAAACAGCAUUUUCAGCUCAACCAUCAGACCGGCGAUUUGCUCCUGCAUGAGAAAUUGGACCGGGAAGAGCUAUGCGGCCCCACAGAGCCUUGUAUACUGCAUUUUCAGAUAUUAUUGCAAACCCCUUUGCAGUUUAUUACAAAUGAGCUUCAGGUCAUAGAUGUAAACGACCAUUCUCCGGUAUUCUUUGAAAAUGAAAUACAGCUGAAACUCUUAGAAAACACGCCACCAGGAACCAUAAUUCCUUUGGAAAAUGCUGAGGACUCGGAUGUGGGAAGAAACAGUCUCCAAAACUACACGAUCGCCCCUAAUUCCCAUUUCCACGUUCUCACACGCAGUCGUAGGGACGGAAGAAAGUACCCACAACUAGUGCUGGACAAAGCACUGGACCGUGAGGAGCAGCCAGAGCUCAUUUUGACCCUGACCGCGCUGGAUGGCGGCUCUCCGCCCCGGUCGGGGAUCGCCCAGAUCCACAUCCUGGUCUUAGACAUAAACGACAACGCCCCAGAAUUUACACAGUCACUCUAUGAGGUUCAAAUUUUAGAGAACAGCCCCAUUAACUCUGUUAUUGUCACGGUCUCAGCUUCUGACUUAGAUACAGGAAAUUUUGGGACAGUAUCAUAUGCAUUUUUUCACGCUUCUGAAGAAAUUCGCAAAACUUUUCAGCUAAAUCCAAUUACUGGUGAUAUCCUGCUAGUCAAAUACUUGAAUUAUGAAGUUAUGAAUACUUAUGAAGUGGACAUAGAAGCCAAGGAUGGCGGAGGCCUUUCAGGAGAAACCACAGUGAUAGUUCAGGUGGUUGAUGUGAACGACAACCCACCAGAACUGACCUUGUCUUCAAUUACCAGCCCUAUCCCUGAGAACUCACCGGAGACUGUGGUGGCUGUUUUCAGUGUUUCUGAUCUAGACUCUGGAGACAAUGGGAGAAUUAUGUGUUCCAUCGAGAGCAAUCUCCCCUUCAUCCUCAAACCAUCAAUAGAGAAUUUUUACACCCUCGUGACAAACACAGCUCUGGACCGAGAGACAAGAGCCCAGUACAACAUCACCAUCACC